UCUCUGCCCGUUGAAGGGAAUAAAAAAUACAAUCCCUAAACUGCAGCUUUCCAUUAUCCCUCGUUUCGUAGCUUGUCUACAUCUUCCUCCUUUUUCACACUUCACUUGCUUCUUCUUCCGUAUAACUCAAUUUCCAACUUUUCAAGAGGCCAGGUUACUAAAUUUGGAGAAGAAUUGCUUUAUUGAUUGUUAAGGUUGUGACGAGGGAAUGGAUGCCCAAGGGAGAACAAGGCAGUGUUUCGCGCCAAUUGAAUGCACAAAGAAGGAGAAACGCAUAGAUAAUCCCCUUAUCAAGUACAAUGAAUCUGACCAACCUGUCUGUCGGGUUUGUGAAGUUGUUUUGAAAUCUGUAUCCCAUUGGGAUGCACACCAAGCUUCACGUAAACAUCAUGAGGCAAUUAAUACCUUGAAAGCUAAUGCAGCUAGGCUUACUCAGGCUAGCAAUACACAAUCUGGGCUGCAUCAAGGGUUUUUUGAUAAUCAUGAGGCGGGGAAGCAAAAAACAGAGAUUGCAAAGAAGACAGAUCCUAAUUCAAACAAAAAGCUUGGAAUUUCAGCCCAAACUCAUGCAAAGGAGUCUCCAUAUCCAGAGACUGAGGAGGAUGGUUCUCCUCAAAAUAUUGCCAUUCAAACAAAGGUGACUCAGAUUCCUGAUUCAAGACAGGUGACUCAGUUAGAAACCAAGAAAGUGAAAGGAUCUCUUCCUGAUGACUUCUUCGAUAAGGAUGAUGCCAAGUUACCUCUGGAGCCUCCUAGGGAGAAUAAACAGGCGUCAGAGCAGGGAAAUGCUCUGGAAACCAAGCAAGUAAAGGGAGCUCUUCCUGAAGGAUUCUUUGACAAUAAGGAAGCUGAUUUACGUGCUCGUGGCAUUAAGCCUGUUAAAAUAGAUGUCAAAGAUGAGUACAAGGAAUUUGAAAAGUUGAUUCAAGAAGAUUUGCAAGUGGUGGACAAUCGUAUGGAAGAAGAAGAGAUUGAUGCAGCUGAAACGAUCGAAGAGGCUGAAUCUUUGGAGCAAAAGGUUUACAAGCAGAAAGUCGAAAUGUUAUGGAAGAGGAAACUGGAAUUGGAGUCCACUAGAUCGAAUAAACGUUGCAAAGGGAAAGAAGCUGAUAGACAGGAAUCUGACAGUGAAGAUUCAUCUAGUGACGGUGACAGCGAUGAGAAUUUUGCAGUUGAUUGGAGAGCUCAACAUCUAUGAAGUGACCACAAAUAUUGGGUCUGUUUUCCUUGGAACUAUUUUAUCUGUGAGAUGAAGAGAGACAAAAUCCAAAUACAUUCUGAUCGAUUUUGCAAGACGCAAAGCAAUUGAACCUUGGUCAUUUCAGCUGAAAUAUACUCUUUCAACCGAAUGACAGUAGCAUCAGUGCCAUUUGUCUAUAAGAUGGACUGAUUAGGUUUUGAAAAGAUUUAUCAAGUAACGACUAAUCUAUUCAUUGACGGCUUGUAGUUUAAGCUUGGUUUACAGGUGUUCAUGGAUUGGAGAAUUUCUAUUCUGAAUCAGAGUUUUAUAUUGAGUAAUGUAAUUCUGUUGCAGCUUUGCA